AUGGGUACAUGUGAAUACGUUCUGGCUAAAGACAGUUUAAAUAACGCAUUUGAAGUAAGACAAGUGAAUGAACCAUGUGGAAAUGGAGAACCUUCCUGCACAAAAUCUCUAACAGUGAUUUUCCCAAAUGUAACUAUCCAACUACUGCGGGGAAGUGUAAUGGUAAAUGACACAGAAAUUGUUUUGCCUGCAACGUAUGGAGGUAAGUUCUUUCAAACUUCAUACUAUAGAUAGCAGUAUAUGCUUCAGGAUUUGACGGUCAAGUUAGAAUUUCUAACUAAAUGCAUGCAUAGUACAAAUUUAGUGGAAUAUCGUUCUAUUUCUUAAAACAUUUAUUUUAGAAAGGAAGUUCGUCAUAUUUCCUUUUUAUCUUUAUAAUGAGUCAAUAUCAUUCUCCCUAGUAUUGGAGUAGCAAUAGUGGAGACCCUGUUGCAAACUGCUGCCUCAUACUUGAUCGGUAACUUAUUACAGACAAUUAUUUCCUAAUAUAUCGGAGAGUGCAUGGGUAAUAUUUAAUAGCAAUUUUCCAACUCGAUCCUUUAUGUUUUUUGUAUAAAGGUGUGGCAAUAACUGAACCAAGCAACAGAGUAACGUUGAUUGAAAGUGAUUAUGGUGUAGAAGUUGAAUGGAAUAAUGUACGUAAUGUGAGAGUGACAGUACUUGGUCGCUAUCUGAACAGAACAUCAGGUUUAUGUGGAACAUUUGAUGGAAAUCUUGGAGAUGAUUUCUUAGCAGCAAAUGGAACAACUGUUGACAAUGCUGUAACCUUUGGAAAUUCUUGGAAAACUGAUCCUGGUUGUGAUGAUGCAACAGAUGUACAACAUCCAUGUGUAACUCACUCUGACAGAAACGCAACUGCUAUAGCCAACUGUUCAGCUUUGUCAUCUUCUCCAUUCGAUAACUGUGCAAACCUGAUUAAUCCAGUUUCAGAGGGUUAUAUUACCGAUUGUGA